AAAGUGUGAUGGGACUUGGAAAGUGCAAUUGCCAUGUGAAAGUGUGAUGGUCUGUGCCAAACCCCGAUGGUGUGAUGCGCCAAAUUGCGAUGGUAUGAGAGGAUUGUGCCAAAGUGUGACAUGGACGAUAGUGUGAUAAUGUGUCAUGCCAAUGAAACACAACAGUUUGGGAAUACUUCCUCUAUAGCGAGAUAUUCUUGCGAAAAUGUGAUAUUACCUCCUUGGCAAGAGUAAAUAUAACCCGUAUAACUGAGAAAAAUACCUGUGGAGUACAUCUCUUUGUGUUUCAUGUGAAAAGAAGAAAAGGUGCUAAAAUGUUUGAUACUUCUGCAAAUAUAUAAAUCAAAACAAAAACAUGAUGUGCACUGGAUUUCGGACUCCUUCUCUCUUGCGCAGCAACUUUGAUAUGACUUGACUGUUUUGUCAAUUUAAUAGAGACAAUUUGUGUCAUGUUGAGUGUAUGUCACACUUAUUCAGCAUUGCAUGAAAUUUGCCAUAAUUUUUAAUUAAAACACCUGUUUACGGUAAUGUUUUCUUUCUUGCUAAAUUGAUAAUCGGGUUUUAGCGAGAUCUCUAAUGAGGAAGUGUUCCCAACCUGAAUAAUGCAUCAAAGUGCGAUGGAGUGACACGCGGAAGUCCGUUGGUUUGCAAAACUGAAUGGACACAGUGUUUUUGAUAUGUAGUCUGUACCAACUAUAUGUUGUUUUACCAAAAUAUCAAUGCAAAAUCCAUUCUAAAUAAUACUGAUUAUAAUUAUUUCAUUACCAUUCAGUUGUCUUGUUACUGAACACAAAAUUUUCAAACACAAAAUCAUAUGGAAUGUUUUGCAUUAUAGCAACCCCCCAAGGGAUUUAUUAUGUGUACAACACAAGUAAUAGAUUAUGAAUUGAAGCAUGUUUGGGCAAAGUAGAUCUUUCAACAACAGAUAUACUUUGCUGUUCUCACAAUCCUCAACUGUGUAAAUUUUGCCCUUGCUAUCGUCCAUGUUAAUCUUAAUCAACCACGCCUUCCUCCAAUAUCCCGAAGACGUUGCCAGCUGAAAAAACCUUCGUUGGGGAAAACUGAUGUUGCAUUUUUCGGUUUGAUUUUGAAAGUUGUUGCAAAUGACGUCAUCGUUACUCUACCCCCGCACCUUCGGACUUUGGCAUGUCAGAUCAUCGUACAGUGUUACCUCGUUAUAUCGCCAGCUUUUGUCCCAGUCUAUUUUGGUGUUAUAUCGAGAGUGGCGGCAUUAAAAAACGUUUGGUCAUUUUAGUUCAUCAGUUUGAAAAAAAAAUGUGGUUGAUUAUCGUCCUUUUAUUGUUGUCCACAUAUUACGAGAUAUGUAAAUGCAUGACAUUGGUUUGCUUUACUUCUUAAAACUUUGUUUAAAAGUGCUUAUUCUACGCUUUUGCAUUGGUAAAACACGCAAGUAUAUCUACAAUAGUUUCAUUUGUGUUAUGGUAGGUUCGAUGAUGACUGACUAGGUUGAGCAAAUGACAAACACACGUGUAAUGGCAGCAACUUUUUUAUCUGGAACGCAGAAAUAUGACGUCACACACAAAUACGCAAAAUAGUCACAUGGUACACGAAAUUUACAACAGUUGAUAGCAAGUCUCAUCGUAUAGAGAUUUGGUUUGUGUGCAAACAAACAUAGGUGGAAGUGUGCAGCCGAUAGUAGUUUUAUUUCUUAGUUGUUCAUGCGUAGGCAAUACUACUGGACAAUUUCAGAGGCAAUUUUUAAUUGAGUAUGUUCAAGUUAUCGCAAUUACCUAUGCUUACCUGUUUUCAUGAAACGUACUAAAUAUAGUUUCGCUCUGAUUCACCGGAGCAGGCCAAUCAUGUAUAAUUAGGGCUUCUGAUCCCUGGUCAUUUGGCAUUGUUAUCUGGGGAUUUAGAAAGGCAACUUGACCUUUUGUACAUGAAAACGGGUGGCGAUGUUGGCAUUAUAUUGGGGUUUUUAGCGUGUGUGGAAAUCCGUUCUACACAUUUUGAUUGUGGUAUUCGGGGGUGGCAAUAUAACGCGUGGAAAUAUACAGAACAUAUAUAUAUAACACUGUACAAAUGACAGACCAUCACACUUUGGCAUGCCAGACCAUUGCACUUUGGCGUAGUAUGCCUAUAGGAGAGGGACCAUCGCACUUUGGUCUGACCAUCGCACUUUGGUGGUCAUAACGUUGACAACCAUCGCACUUUGGCAUAACCAACGCACUUUGAAGUAACCAUCACACUUUAAAGUCUUGAAUAUAUAUUUAUUGUUUAAAAUUCAGAUACUUGUGCUUUAUUUCUUUAACAGUUGAAAGUCCAUAUCUGAUUCCGAGACAAGGAGGAUGGGGCAAAACUCUAGAUAGUGUAUGAUAGGAUAGAGAAACUUGUCAUUAAGAAUAUUAGUGAAAGAUAACUAUGUCAUUCGUACUCUUUACAGGCCACCUCUUUCUGUCUUAGUUAGAUAGAUAUUUAUGAUAGAUAUAUAAUAAAAAUAUUUGGAGAUAAAUAUAAAUAAACGGAUGUACAUAAGGUAAAAAAAACCAAGCAAAUUAACCAGUAAUGAGUCUGAAAUAAGGAUCAAAAGUCUGCUGACUAACUUUCAGACUACACUGUAUGUUUACGUAUGUCUUUAGUUUCAUAUACACCAGGGUAUAAAACUGUUGUUGUAACGGUUUGUUUUGAAUUUUGGUAAAUAAUUCUUUGAAGAGUUUCUUGGAUUAUAUAGAUUUUUAUGAAUGUCAGGAAGGAGGUAGUGGAGUCGAUAGGAUGCAUCUUCCAUAUCCUAGAAAAGUUUUAAACAGAUAUUUUUACGUCUUGUCAGAUAGGUUUUCAAGUUUUCAAGGCUUUUUCGUAGGAGUCUAAUGGUUGUAUGAUCUGAUUUGUUGGUCCUGAUCUCGACUAUCUGCAUUCGGUUUGUAAGGAAACUUUGGAACCAUUGGUAUCACUAUUAUGUAGCUUUUCCAUAAGUUUUUCAUGGUAUAUGUGGUCGAAUGCUUUACUGAAGUCAAUUAGCAAAAGCCUGGCAAACAUUUUGCUGUCAUCCAGAGCCUUAUGAAAUGGUUGAAGUAUUUUUAGAAGAGCAUGCGCUGUUGAACUGCCCCUUAUUGCACCAAAUUGGCUAGGAUCCACAUAUGGACAGGACUCUCUCCGAUGUUGAACUGGGUGCUUUUCGAAAAGUUUAGCCAAAAUAGGUGUCAGUGAGAUUGGUCAUUAGUGUUUCAUUGGAUUACAUACUAGAGUUACUUUUGAUACUGGGACAACAUCAGCCUUUUCCCAACAUGAUGGUACUGUGCCUCCCUUAGUGAGCUGUUGAAGAUGGCACAUUUUGGUUUAGCCAUGGUAUGUGAUAGCUCUUUCAAGAUCCAGUUUGGGAUAUUAUCAGGACUUAUGGCUUUCGUGGUAUUUACGUUUUUGAGCUGUUUUUCAACAGUUUCUAUUGAUAUUAUCAAGUCAUUAGACAGGGGAUUUACACAAGACAGUUGGGUUUCUGACAGUGGUUCAAGAUCAUUGGAUACUGAGACAAAGGCCAUGUUAAUUUCAUUGGACAGUACCUGAAUGUCACCAUUGAAAUUGUUUGUUGCAAGGUUUUGUAGAUCAUCACCCUUUUUAUUCAGGCCUAAAAAGGCUUUAACUGAUUUCCACCAUUGCUUAUUAUCAAAAUCGCACAUCUCGUCAACAAACUCUUGGUAGAAUUUAGAUCGAAGCAUUUUUGAUUCUCUGUUCACUUGAUUUCGUAGUUUAUGGUAUAACUCAAUAUCUCUGCUGUUCCUGGCAUGUUGUUGUCUACAAUUUAGUUUACGGAAUACAGCUGUAAUCUAUGGUUUGUCAUUUGACCGCACUACUUUUUUCGGAUAGGAAUGCACUGGUCCACAAUGUCUGAAAUUGUUUUGUUGAAGAAGUCUAUUUGGUGUUCACAUGAAGGUAAUCGAUAAAGAUCUUCCCAUUUGACAGCGCUCAAUUUAGCAGCAUCUUCCAUCUUCUGGUUAUAAACUGAGGCACGUCUCGAUGUUAUCACCGAUAUUUUUGGUUUCACUAACUUGGUAGUGCAUGGCUUAACAAUCACUGCUUCAUGAUCAGAUGACCCUAAAGAUCCAAUCGUGAAAGGUUCACCAUAGUAGUCUGCUAGAUUGGUUAUUAUCUUAUCCAAAGUACUUUGAGAUUGAGUUGGUGUUUUUACAAUGUUUGAAUUUAUUUAAAUCUUCCAAAAUUAAAUUGCCAGCAUCGGGGUGUUUUUGGAGUAUUUUUUCUAGACCCUCGUAGAUAUGGGAUAUCAUUACUGCAUGCUGUCCGUCUGGUGGAUGGUAAAUGAUUAUAACAGACACACUUUGUGGGAGACAAUGAGGCUGGAUUGUGAUCCAUAUUUUUCAAGGUCAUUAGUUUCAAGUUCACUCCAAGUUUUAAAGGGAAUAUUGUCCUUGACAUAAAUUGCAACAUCUCCUUUCCUGUCUGUAUGAGAGUGGCAUAAUGAGGCAUGGUAGCCAGUCAUUGGGAUGGGAUCAACCAAGGAGUUGCUGUUUAACCAGGUUUCUGUUAUUACAGCAAUGUCAAUUAAGUUACGAUCACAUAUGCACUGAAGGUCAUCUGGUUUUAAUAUCGUUGAUCGUGCAUUAGCAUUCAAAAAUACAGGGAAAUCCCAUAGUGACCUUUAUUAAGUUUUCAAAGUUUAUUGAUCUUUUAGGUUUGUUGUUGGGCAAUUGGCACUGGCCAUUAUCUUGCAUUGUUUUCUGAUUCCUCCACGUAUUAUGGUACAGUGAUGUCUGUCUGUCCGUAUGAUUGGGAUUUUCUCUUUCUAAUUUCAUUUCUCUGUCACAUAUGGAGUGAAACUUGCUAUGUAGCUUCUUUGUGGAUCAUUUUAGAUCUUACUGCAAGUUUGAUCCAUUUUGACCUUUCUUACAUGAGUUGUGCCCCUUAAUUUGAAAAUUAAUGUUAUAUGGAGGUUACUUAAUUUGUCCGGCUAACUCCUCCCACAGUUUUCAAGCGAGGACCAUCUUGUUUUACAGAGUAUUUGUAUGGGUAUUGAAGAUGUGCAUGGGGCAAGGAAUUUGAUUUUCUUCAAUUUUUAAGAAAAUCACAGGUUAUUGAACUUGGUCAGUUUUGAGGAAUUAAUUUGUUGCAUAGAGAGUACAUGAUUUGUCUGUUUUUCCUUUCACAGUUUUCAAGGGAGGACCUUCUUAUUUUACAAAAUAUUUGUAUGGGUAUGGAAGGUGUGUGUGUGUGGCAAGGGUUCUGAUUUUCUUCAAUUUAUAAGGAAAUUACAGGUUCUUGAACUUUAGUCAGUUUUGAGGAAAUAUUGCAUAGAGAGUACAUGAUUUGUCUUUUAUUUUUCCCUCCACUGUUUUCAAGUGAGAACCUUCUUAUUUUACAGAGUGUUUAUAUGGGUAUUGAAGGUGUGUAUGUGGCAAGGAUUUUGAUUUUCUUCAAUUUUUAAGAAAAUUUCAGGUUGUUGAACUUAGUCCAUUUUGAAGAAAUAUUUUAUUAAGUAAAGGGUAUGGUUUGUCUUUAUAACUCCUCUCACAGUUUAGAUGCCUAGGUAUUUGUAAAUAAUUUGAAGAUGUGCAUAGUGCAAGGAUUUUGAUUCUCAAAAUUUUUUUUAUUUUCUUUGACGUUUCAAUAUUGAGAAGUUGUUGAACUUAGUCAAAUUUGGGGAAAUAUUUUACACACAGAACUCUUGGUUUGUCUAUCUAUCUCCUGUCACAGAUUUAAGCUAAGACCCUUUAUUCAUAUUAUGCAAAGAAAGUAUGUCACAGCCUGAUGUGAUUUAUUGCAGUACUUAGAAACAAGAUUUUUGUACUAAUGUUGCAGUACAAAAUAUUGUAUUUUCCAACUUCUAGUGUAAAAGCAAUUGUAAAAACAAAACAAACAAACAAACAAAAACCACAAAAAAAAGAAAACAAAAAAAAAAAAAAAAGAAAAGAAAGAAAGAUUUAAACUACAUGUAUAUUAUUAAGGUUUCCAAUCUCAUUAAUUUUUUCCAAAACUAAAUCACUAAUGUUUGCAAUAUUUCAGAUCUGAAAUAUUGAAUGGUGGCUGGCUACAAUGAUUUUUCAAACAUGGGAAAAAUGAAGAAAACACCAGUAAAGGAUGAAAAGCAACAAAAGAUUUCAAGUUUUUUCCAGCAGGGAAACACCUCUAACAAACCAGCAAACUGUAGUCUAUUCACAACUCUAGGACACAAGCCCUGUGCAACAUCCAAGUUAUCUCUGAAGAAGAAAAAGUCUACAGAGUCACAGAAAAGUUGUAAAUUUGAUGCAAAAACAGAAAAAUCUAACAGUCCAAGCAAAGAAAACUUCGAGUCCUCAUCUGCACAAGGCAGUGUAGAACUACAAAAACGAGAAGAGGCAGACAACAAAUCACCCUGCAAUGAAGUGGUUGUCAUUCCCGAAACACAAUUAUUCAAAAGUCCCACUGUUAGCAUCCAGGCUGAUAGAAAAAAUGACUGGGUCAGUGAUUGUGAAGAAAUUGUGAUACCUGAUACACCAGAGGUUUCCAAAGUGGUGACAAAAGGGAAGAAAGCCUUUGGAAGGAGUUUUCUUACAUCUUCAGUGGCUAUUGGAAAGAAACCUGGCCUGACAAAAUCAGAAAUAAUUCAGAAGAAACGUUUAUCUCGAGCUCGGAAGAGUUUAGUUUCAAUUUCUAUUAACAACCAUGUUAAUGGAAAUGUCACAGAUGAAAGCAGUGAAAACUGGAAUAUUGACAAAAUUGAAUUAAUAGAUGAGACAUCCAAAGAUGUAAGAGAUGAUAACAUGGACUCUAGUGGUAUUUGCCAUGAAGCAAGUUUGCUAAUGGAAAAUGCAUCUCAAAUUUUUGUGAAAACAAAUAUAAAGAGCAACUCUGACACUCUGCAAGAUCAGAGUCUGGAAAACAAGAAUUUGCAAAAUGAUUUAGAGAAUGUCAGUAAGGCAAGUUUGAAACCAGUAACAGCAACAAUGGGUGUCUCACCCACAAAAGUAUAUGAAACCUCCAUUAAGAGAAUGUCAAAAACUGGGGAGUCCCCUGUAUAUAAAAGACUCGCUGCUCAGGGAGAUUCCAAAAGUGAUGAUGAACUCACAAUAGAUAAAGAUAAAGUGAAAAGAAAUUUAUGUGGUGUAAAAAUCAGCGAAAAGAAGAAAAUAAAACCCAAAAUAUCAGCUGUGAAUAACUACCAACUAACAAUGAGUGCACGUAAAAAAAAUGAAAGUCAAAGUGUGACUACUGUCAAUGAUGAUGUUCUCGGAGAAUUACUUGGGGAGCUAGACUCUAAAACUAAUGCAAAGUCUGUGAUGUUCAUAGAUGAAAAUACUCCCCUGACAACUCUGAGGUUAAAGAACAGAAUGUCUCUGGCUACAUGUAGGAGGGGUCCAAGGUUGACAGAGAACUCAGAAGUUUCAGAAGAGGAACAGAUGUUAUUUCAAACUUUGGACAAAGAAAUACAUGCUGAAUUUCUUGAUGCAAAGAAUGCUUCAGCUUCUGUCAAAUGUGCAGAACCAUCAACGACUUACAAAUCAUCAUCAGUAGAGCCUGAACCCUCCCUGUCAACGACUUACAAAUCAUCAUCAGUAAAGCCUGAACCCUCCCUGUCAACAUUCCCAGAGGCUCAAGUUCAAGACGUGGAAAAAGAAGCUAUGGAUAUUGAGCUGGUUGGAACACCAGACGAUUCUGAUGAUGAAAAGACUGCAACACAAAACAUUAAGGAAUUUGCUACUCAGCAAUCAAAACAUCCCUCUCUAGCAGACGACAUUGAAGAGUUCCAUUCACAGAUGGAUGAUAGUCUCUGUGAAGGCCUAGAUGCUUUGUCACCAUUUAAAACAAAAGCACAGAGUACUAAAAAAGUAGAAACAGAUUGUGAGAAUCCUGUGUGCAUGAAGUAUGGGAGACACAUUGUUAUGAAGAAAGAAUACAUCAAUCAUGAGAUUGUGUUGGAAAUCAAGGCAUAUGGCAGUGAAACGAUAAGGACCUGUGUGCUUAGUGGAUAUUGGUCAGAGACACAUGUAGAAGUGGGAGAUACUGUUCACAUCCUGGGAAAUUUUGACAGCUUUGGAACUUGUAGAAUUACUGACAAAGAGGGCUUUGCUAUAAUUAACCCAGAUGUUCUGUUGUCGGGGACAACAGUGGUGUCCAGCAUAUUCUGCAUGAGGAAAUCAAUACUGAAUGACAAAUUCAAGGGUUGUGACAAGGGCAACAUUCAGAUGUUAUAUGGCAGCAUAAUACAUUCAAUAUUUCAACAGGUUUUAAGGAAACAGAUAUUUGAAGAAAAUGAGAUCAUCACAGAAGCUGAGAAUACAAUGAAACAGAGCAAAUUUAUCCAUGACAUGUUUGGUAGUGGAGUAACAGAUGUUCAGGUGAUGGAGGAGAUUAAGAAGUACAUUCCUCCAUUACAGACCUGGUUACAGAAACACACUCAGUACACAAAGAGUAGGAUGGGCGCUCAAAGCAGAAUUGGUGAUGAUGUAACUGUCACCAAUGUAAGAGACAUUGAAGAAAACAUCUGGUCUCCAAGGUUUGGAAUAAAAGGCAAAAUUGAUUUGACUGUGGAUGUGAAGCUGAAGAAGAACCAAAGAUGCACUGUGCCGCUGGAGCUGAAGACGGGAAGAGUCACCUUUUCCAUGGAACAUAAGGGUCAAGUUACCUUGUACAGCAUGAUGAGUUCAGACAGAAGACAGGAUCCCAAAGGAGGUUUAUUACUGUACCUUAAAGAGCCGGACAUGAAAAUGAUUGACGUAGAUCAUGUCAACAAGAGGGGUAUCAUCAACUUGAGAAAUGAAAUGGCCUACUACUUAAGUCAACAGGUCCAGAAGACGGAGGGUAGUGAUGGCCAUGUGAUGUUUAGCUUGGGAAGACUCCCAGAUCCCAUAAACAACCCAAGAGCAUGCAGCAAAUGUCCACAGAUCCUUAAUUGUGCUCUCUAUCAAAAAAAUGUGGAAAACCGUUCAUUGUCGGAUGACCAUCCCAUGCAGAGGUUGAUUCCUGAGACUCUAGCUCACCUAUCCCCCUCCCAUAUGGAGUACUUUACCCACUGGUGUCUGCUGCUGGAUCUUGAAAACAAAGCUAGUCAAAAGUCGGGGGGUCUUCGGGAAAUCUGGUGCAUGACAGGCCAAGAAAGGGAGAAGAUGGGUGAUUGCCUUAGUCGUCUGACAGUACUUCCUCACAAAACACAGAACAGUCGAGAUCAGGAUGUAGUCUUCAUUCACUUCCACAGAAAACCAGGACUAGGCAGUCCUCCUCUGAACACGGUGGGAGUGAUGAAGCAUGACUAUGUUAUAGUGACUGCAGAAAAAUCACAAUUUAUUGCUGUAUGUACUGGUAGCAUAACCAACAUUUCUGAUGAAGAAGUUGUCUUGUUGACUGAAAGAGAAAGUUUACAGCGGGUCAGCGCCUUGAAAUCGCACCUUUUCCGUGUUGAUAGGUACAACAGUUACAACACCUCGGCCAUAUUUUAUUCCAAUUUGUCUUGCCUGCUAUAUGAUGAACCUGUGAGCUCCCGAUUACGUGGUCUCCUUAUUGAAAACAAAAAGCCAGAAUUCAUUUUGAAGAUGUCAAAAGGAGAAAUUCAAAAAGUCAAGGAAAUUUUUAAACCUUUGAACAAACCCCAAAAGACAGCAAUAUUAAAGGUUUUAAUGUGCAAGGACUAUGUUCUCAUCAAAGGCUACCCUGGAACUGGUAAAACAUCCACUAUAGUGGCCUUGGUGAAGGUGCUGACCGCCCUGGGACACUCUGUAUUACUGACCAGCUACACUCACUCUGCAGUGGACAACAUUCUCAUCAAACUUCUCAAGGAAAAGGUGAACUUUGUACGCCUUGGUCGAACAAAUAAAAUUCACCCUCAGAUACAAUCUUAUGGAACAGAGAAGCUAACAGAGAAGAUAUCAAAUGUUGCAGACCUGAGGGAAUUUUACAGCUCACAAAGAGUGGUAGCGACGACAGCUCUAGGAAUGAACCACCCUCUGUUUACUCAGAGGAGGUUUGACUUCUGUAUCAUCGACGAGGCCUCUCAGAUCCUCCAGCCCGCCUCCCUAGGGCCUCUCUUCCACGCUGACAGAUUUGUAUUAGUAGGGGAUCCCAAACAACUUCCCCCAGUUGUACAGAGCAGAGAGGCUCGUGGUCUAGGUAUGGAUGAAAGUCUUUUUGUCAGAUUAGAGAAUGGUCCUGCUACUUUUGAAUUGAAUCUACAGUACAGAAUGAACAGAGACAUUAUGCAUUUAAGCAAUACACUUGUCUACAAUGGAUGUCUAACGUGUGGAAAUGAUUACGUUGCCAACAGCAGAUUGAAAUGGUCAAAUGACACAGCUUUGGAACAGGUUUUCAAGGAGUACAGAUGGAUGAGAGAUGUUCUCUGUGAUGAGCCAUACAAGGCAGUUGUGUUUCUGGAUACUGAUAAGGUGCCAGCUCAAGAGGAAAGUGAGAGCUCAGGCCUGAUCAAGAAUGUCACUGAAGCACAAAUUGUAAAAUGUCUGGUAGAAUCAUUUCUUAAGAUUGGCAUAAAGGAAGAUGAUGUAGGAGUCAUUGCCCCUUACAGGAAGCAGGUAACCUUAAUUCGUGACCUCCUGACCUGCAUCCAAGGAGUUGAGGUUAACACAGUGGACCAGUACCAAGGCCGGGACAAGGAUAUCAUUAUCAUAUCACUGACCAGAAGCUUUUUGUCCUCAAGGAAUGCAGACACAAAGUCAGGAGAGCUGUUAAAAGAUGUAAGACGACUGAAUGUGGCUUUGACAAGAGCUAAGAAAAUGUUAAUAAUGGUUGGACAUGUGAGUUCAAUGAAGAGUUAUCCACCCUUACAGGCAGUGAUCAACAUCCUGAAAGAAAAUGAUAAUAUCAUCACGCUACCUCCAAAUGCCCACUUGUCUUUCACUACAUGAGAAGUGCUUCAAAUAUGGUGGCCAAUGCCAUUCAUCUAGGAAAAAUGUUACGUUUGUGAAUACUUAACUUUUACUUCUGAUGCAUGUAUUUAAUGAUGAAACUAUGAAUAUCUUGGAAUAAAAUGGAUUUGAAUGCU